GAAAGACCUAUUUUCAAGUAGCACGUUACGUGUGGUCAAACUGAGUUGCUUUUGUUGGGAAUCGCUUAUUUUGUUCAAAAGAGACAUCCUCUGUGAUUGAUAGAAAUUUGUCUCCAAUCCAAUGAAUUUAGCAUCCAUUGACAACAUCUUACGUGGGGCUCGACUUCAGAUAUCAUCAAAUGACUCGAGUUAUCAAAAUUUUUUGGAUCGAUUGGUUUUACCUGGGAUGGUUUUUGAAUUAUCUGGACCUCAUGAUGGGCCUGUAUCAUGGUCUAUUGGUCCAGGUCUUGUUUGUGUGCCGAUGUCUAGAAUGAAAACUGGAGUGGGAAAAAACAAAUUGGUGGAUUCGAUUUUAGUAAGACAGUUCGGAAUCUUAAAAUUCAAAUGUAAGAAGUUGGAAGGAAUAGACUCAACGGAUACAAUCAAACGUUUUAAACUCGGAAAUUCAUCGAGUGAUUCAAAAUCAGAAAAUUUCAUUUGGGUAGAAUGCCUGGUGUCUACUGGCUCAGUAACUACAUUACUUCCACUUACUCGUCUCUCAUACCGUUGUCAUGUCGGACAGUUCCAACCAGAGGACAAAGUUAUUGGCGUUGUAAUGAAAAAAGCUGGUGAAUCGUUCGUAGUUGAUAUAGGUUGUGCUUCUCCGGCUAUUCUCAAUUACUUGUCAUUCGAAGGUUCUUCUAAAAAGAAUCGUCCUGACAUUCAUGCAGGUGAUGUUCUUUAUGCCAUGAUUACACGAGCCGACAGAGAUUUAGAAAUUGAAUUGUCAUGUGUUGAUGAGGCAGGAAAAGCUUGUGGAAUGGGUAUUCUUGGUCGUCAUGAACCUGGAACUGUUGGUAAUGCUGGAGGUCGGUCUGGUGGUAUAUUGUUACACUGUACGCAAGAUUUGGUCAGGCGGUUAUGCAAUCAAGAUGAAUUCCCUCUACUAAAACUUUUAUCUAAGUUCUUACGAAUAUCUUAGAAACAGGUGAAUUCUUUAUAUCAACACUUGUAAUUCCAAUAAACGGAAACUCACUUUUUAGCUAGCAAGUCAGAAUUACGAAAUCCAAAAGUGUCGAUUAGAAGUAGGAACCUUUUUGAGAACAGUAUAAAAUGUAAUGAAAUUCAAUAAGUGCUCUGUACGUUACAAUAAAUAACUGUUAUAGAUUUUUUACAAACAGCGCAAUAUAACAUCAAAUUGUUUACUUGUUUGCACUCACUGUGAGUGAGCUAUUUUAGAUGUUGGGGUCGAGAUUGAAAAACUUAUUCGUGUGUGAAUGAGUGAAUAAUAAUUGACAGACAUCAAAAAUAAAACAAAAAGAUGAUAAUUAUCCAACUGGUGAUAUCAAGGGAAAGGAGUAAAAAUUGUCUGACGUUAAAGGAGAUAAAUAUUCUAACCUCUGACGUUUAAUAACACAGUUUACAUUUAAACCGAAAGUUUGUUUCAUAAAGGCAAUCUGAAAUUACUAAACAGUGUUUACUUUGAUCCAAAGUUUUAAUUUUGAAUAUACAACAUAUACUGUAUUGUUUAGUGUACUAGUCGAAUUGUCUUCCAAUGUUCCAUUUUGAGUUGGUUGCAUUUGAGUAGAGGUUGAAAAAUGCAAGAUCAAUAUAAAUAUGCAUUUCGAUAACUUAAUUUCUAUACUUUGAAUGAAUAAACUUUGCAAAAAGUUGAACGUAUUACGUAAUAAUUGAACCUGUGAUAAAGCUCAAUAAUUUGGUCGUAUAGCUAACUACUGUUGAUAUAGCUGUAUCUAAUAACUCCAGCUUUCUGUUUGUUAUAAUUGUAGAUCGUAAUCACAUCGUUCUGUGUAUUUGUUAAUAUCGUCUAUUUCUUAUGAACUCUUUCCUAUUUUUAUAUCAUUAAAUAUAUUUGAUUUAUUUAAUGAUUGCAAGGACUCUUACUCAAUGAACUGAUUGACAUAUUAUAUGUACAGUUAUUGUUUUUCUCUCAUAGUCAUUUCACUUUUGUACUGAUAGUCGAUAUUACAUUAAAUAACAUUUUGUUAUUGUGCAAUAAUUUGUACUUUAAUUCUUGAGUAUUUCUUUACUUAUUUUGACAUCAUAGUUUCUUAUUAAAUUCUCUUUUUCUUGUAAUUUAUUUAGGUAUAUCCGUUUGAAAUAUUCUUAGGUGCAAAUGGACGAAUAUGGUUAACAGCUGGUUCUGCUAGAGAAAUAAUGAUAUUAGCCAAUGCAAUAGCCAUUGCUGAACAUAUAUCAACUAGUGAAUGUUGUCAAUUAGCUAAAGAACUUUGUUAAGUAUUUUUUUUAACAUUUUGAUAAAACGUUUUAUUUUCUUUAAAUGAAAUUUGAAAAUUGUACAUAUUUAUUGAUAUUGUACAUUUGUAAGUCUAUUUUGUAUCUAAUAGAUUGAAGUUUACUUUGUUUUAAAAAUUUGUUCAUUGAGAAAUAAUAUGUGAAAGUAAAAUCGUUUGAAAU